AGUUAUUUUUCUCUUCUGACACAUAAUAUAUUUAUUACAAAUUUUCACAAAAAUAUGUCUAAGCUUUCACGUAACGUUAUAAUGCAUGUUGUUUUAGUAACUAUAAUAAUCACUGGGAUUGGGAUAGUAGAAGGAAAAAAAGUUCAAAAUUGUGGUAGUAAAGGAAAAGAUAGAGGAAUUGGUGUUGGUGGAGGUGGAAGUUUAGGAGGAGGUAUUGGUGGAAUUGUUGGUGGAGGUGGAGGUGCUAGUGCUGGUGGAGGAGCACGUGGAGGUGUUGGUGCCGGUGGAGGUUUAGGAGGAGGAGUUGGUCUCGGAGGAGGUGCUGGCGCUGGAGGAGGUGUAGGUGGAGGUGCUGGAGGAGGUGUUGGUGCCGGUGGAGGUACUGGAGGAGGUGUUGUUGUUGGUGGAGGUUUAGGAGGAGGAGUCGGUGGAGGUGCUGGUGCUAGUGGAGGUGCCGGAGGAGGUGCUGGAGGAGGCGUUGGUGCUGGUGGAGGAUCAGGUGGAGGUGCCGGAGCGGGUGCUGGAGGAGGUGUUGUUAUUGGUGGAGGUUUAGGAGGAGGAGUCGGUGGAGGUGCUAGUGGAGGUGCCGGAGGAGGUGUUGGUGCCGAUGGAGGUGUCGGAGGAGGUGUUGGUGCUGGUGGAGGAGCAGGUGGAAGUGCCGGAGCGGGUGCCGGAGGGGGUUUCGGAGGAGGAGUCGGUGGAGGUGCUAGUGGAGGUGCCGGAGGAGGUGCUGGUGCUGGUGGAGGUGCUGGAGCGGGUGCCGGAGGAGGUGUUGUUGUUGGUGGAGGUUUAGGAGGAGGAGUCGGUGGAGGUGCUGGUGCUAGCGGAGGUGUCGGAGGAGGUGCUGGUGCUGGUGGAAGAGCAGGUGGUGGUGCCGGGGCGGGUGCUAGUGGAGGUGCCGGAGGAGGUGCUGGUGGAAGAGUAGGUGGAGGUGCCGGAGCGGGUGCUGGAGGAGGUGUUGUUGUUGGUGGAGGUUUAGGGGGAGGAGUCGGUGGAGGUGCUAGUGGAGGUGCCGGAGGAGGUGUUGGUGCCGGUGGAGGUGUCGGAGGAGGUGUUGGUGCUGGUGGAGGAGCAGGUGGAAGUGCCGGAGCGGGUGCCGGAGGGGGUUUCGGAGGAGGAGUCGGUGGAGGUGCUAGUGGAGGUGCCGGAGGAGGUGCUGGUGCUGGUGGAGGUGCUGGAGCGGGUGCCGGAGGAGGUGUUGUUGUUGGUGGAGGUUUAGGAGGAGGAGUCGGUGGAGGUGCUGGUGCUAGCGGAGGUGUCGGAGGAGGUGCUGGUGCUGGUGGAAGAGCAGGUGGUGGUGCCGGGGCGGGUGCUAGUGGAGGUGCCGGAGGAGGUGCUGGUGGAAGAGUAGGUGGAGGUGCCGGAGCGGGUGCUGGAGGAGGUGUUGUUGUUGGUGGAGGUUUAGGGGGAGGAGUCGGUGGAGGUGCUGGUGCUAGUGGAGGUGCUGGAGGAGGUGUUGGUGCUGGUGGAAGAGCAGGUGGUGGUGUCGGGGCGGGUGCUGGAGGAGGUGCCGGAGGAGGUGCUGGUGGAAGAGCAGGUGGAGGUGCCGGAGCGGGUGUUGGAGGAGGUGUUGUUGUUGGUGGAGGUUUAGGAGGAGGAGUCGGUGGAGGUGUUGGUGCUAGUGGAGGUGUCGGAGGAGGUGUUGGUGCUGGUGGUGGUGCCGGGGCGGGUGCUGGAGGAGGUGCCGGAGGAGGUGCUGGUGGAAGAGCAGGUGGAGGUGCCGGAGCGGGUGCUGGAGGAGGUGUUGUUGUUGGUGGAGGUUUAGGAGGAGGAGUCGGUGGAGGUGCUGGUGCUAGUGGAGGUGCCAAAGGAGGUGCUGGUGGAAGAGCAGGUGGAGGUGGAGGUGUCGGGGCGGGUGUUGGAGGAGGUGUUGUUGUUGGUGGAGGUUUAGGAGGAGGAGUCGGUGGAGGUGCUGGUGCUAGUGGAGGUGCUGGUGCUAGUGGAGGUGCCAAAGGAGGUGUUGGUGGAAGAGCAGGUGCCAAAGGAGGUGCUGGUGCUGGUGGAAGAGCAGGUGGAGGUGGAGGUGUCGGAGUGGGUGCUGGAGGAGGUGUUGUUGUUGGUGGAGGUUUAGGAGGAGGAGUCCGUGGAGGAACACGUGGAGGUGUCGGAGGAGGUGUUGGUGCUGGUGGAGGAGCACGUGUAGGCGCUGGAGGAGGUGUUGGUGCCGGUGCUGGUGCUGGAGGAGGUGUUGGUGUUGGGGGUGGUGUAGGAGCAUCUGGUGGUGGUGGUGCACGAGUUGGUGUAGGAGCAGGUGGAGGUACAGGCGUCGUUGCUAGUUCAAGAAGAGGUGGCCCUCAAGCUUAAAGUUGGUAUAGAUUGAGAAGUAAUAAACUUUAGUUAUAUACUAGAGAAGACAAUACACUUGAAUGAAUAAGUGCUGAAAAUGUUGCGGAUGAAGUCUUAUAUAUUAUACCCAAUGAAAAUAAAAGUGAUUAUAGUGAUGUUUAAGUUGUUGUAGUACAAGUAUUAGAGGUAAGAUGAUGAUAAAUCUUUAACUUCUAUAGUGGAAGUCUAGAUUGUAAAAAAAAGGUUAAUUGUGACUACAUGUCAUAUGAUAUUGUAAUAUAUAGAAACAUUAUGCUUGAUGUAAACAAAUAUCAAUUACGAGAUGUUACAUUAAAAUCA